AUGAGCGAUGCAUGCACAAACUAUCUAAUAAUUAGUAAUUCUUUAAACACACUAGGGAUAUAUAUUCUUCUUAUUGCAUUUAUUUAUAUAGCAGUAGAAUACCUACGGCGUACAGAAGAUCCCCCACUCAGUAAUACUUCUGCAUCUUCGCAUGAAGAAAAUAGCAAUGUAGAAAGCGCGCCAGAUGUAGAAAAAUUAUCUAAUAACAUACUAAAGAUAGAGCUGAUCGAUAUCAUGGAUGGUUUGGAUAAACAAGAUAAUGCAAAGUCGAGCAGCACAGAAGAUGGAGUAAAGCAGAAUGGAAAGAUAAAAAGUACUCAGCUAACACUGAAGAAAUCUAUAGAGCCAUCCUUCGAGACACUAAGCCCCUCUGCUGUGAAAAGGAGAAAAACUUUGGCUGGCAUCAAACUAAACCUAUAG